AUGCCGGUGCCCGGACCUGCGAGAGCCGUGCGGGAGAAGAUCCCCCCUGGUUUCAGCAGAGCUCGGCUGCCCCCCGCCGCCGGGACGCAGCCCCCGGGCCCCGAGGAAGGGCAGAACCUGAAGCCCAUCGUCAUCGACGGCAGCAACGUGGCCAUGAGCCAUGGAAAUAAAGAAGUGUUCUCCUGCCGAGGUAUCCUUCUGGCUGUCCAGUGGUUUUGGGACAGGGGACACAAGGAUAUUACAGUCUUUGUGCCAUCGUGGAGGAAGGAGCAGCCACGGCCAGAUGUGCUUAUAACAGACCAGUACAUUCUCCGUGACCUUGAAAAGAAGAAAAUUCUGGUCUUCACUCCUUCCAGGCGGGUUGGAGGCAAGCGUGUUGUCUGUUAUGACGAUCGAUUCAUUGUGAAACUGGCACACGAGUCUGAUGGCAUUGUGGUUUCCAAUGAUACUUAUCGGGACCUGCAGAACGAGCGUCCCGAGUGGAAGAAGUUCAUUGAGGAGCGUCUGCUGAUGUAUUCCUUUGUUAACGACAAAUUUAUGCCUCCAGAUGAUCCCUUGGGACGACAUGGCCCCAGCUUGGAUAACUUUCUCAGAAAGAAACCCGUGGUGCCAGAACACAAGAAACAACAGUGCCCUUACGGAAAGAAAUGCACUUACGGAAUUAAGUGUAAAUUCUACCACCCUGAAAGGAUCAAUCAGCCCCAGCGCUCAUUAGCUGAUGAACUCCGGGCCAAUGCAAGGUUGUCUCCUACCAGAAGUACCAAUGCCAAGGAGGAGAAAAAGGGCAAAAGAGGUUCCCAGGCAGAGCUCUUGUGCUCUGUGCACACAGAGGGUGAUAAAAGCUCUUUGCAGAAGGUCUCUGCAGAGAGGAAGAGCUUGACCCACAAAGCAAAGCCCGGUGAUCUUCCGCUUCAGGUCAAAGGCUGUGUGUCAGGCAGUGUCCCUCCUAACAGUGGGAGCCACAGGUCCUCUGACAGGUACCAGCAGCCUCAUAUGGACUCUCUGUCUUAUAUCUCUCAGGAGCAUCUCGACUCGGGCAUUGGGUCUUUGGAGAACCAACUGUCUGACAUGUGGCCUUACAGAGCUACCAGUCACUGUGAUCAUUCCCACGCUGAUCAGGUGGCAGUCUGCACCUGCGGUAGGCAGAGACCUGUCUACCCACAUUCUCCCAGCUUAGAGCAAAAUGGUCUGGUCUCUUACAAGCAUGGUUCCCAUAAAUCUUCUUCCUCUGGUGCUAGCUUCUUGCAGUACAGCCCUGAGAUGUCUCACUCAGGACCACCUCACUCUUUCUCAGGCUAUGGAGUAGCUGUACACCCAGCUAAUGCUGGGCAGUACAGUCUGCCCAGUGAGUAUAAUGCCCCUCCGCACCAUUCUCGCGAGUACUGGUCUGAACCAUACCAGAUGCCACCUCCUCAAGUGAGAUCUACCAGCGUGCGAGAUCCUCGCUCCGUACAGAGGGCCCCGGGGCCAGCGUACGGGGACUCCUGCCAGUGGGCUGUCUCUGACCAGUUUGCAGAGGAGCGGGCCAAUGUGCACGUCAAGCUGUGUGGCAUAUUCCACCCCCAUUUAGUUGAUGCUGUGAUGAGCCGUUUCCCUCGGCUGCUGGAUCCCCAAAGGCUAGCUGCAGAGAUACUAACGUACAAGUCUCAGAACCCGGGUAUAUGAGGCAGGUGCCGAGGGCAGCCAGGCACGUGAAAAGCUCGUGUUUGCACUCUGUAGCUGCCACAGACGCCUUCUGAGGGCUCCUCCUUACUCCUUGGAAGUACCGGGCUCCAGUUGGAGGCCGGAUACCAGAUGUGGUAUGCUCGCAGAAAAUUCUGGUCCAGACAUGACAGCGUGCCCCUUAGAGAGGCAGCCUAGGGCCCCAUCUGCCCCAGAGAAUGGCGAAGAGGCUCUGGGUGCUGAACAGAAGAGGUGGCACCUUCAGAGCAGGACUUUUCCUCUGGGGUUGCAUGGGGAGUCAGGCACACCCUAAAUUCCUGCAGUUGUUCAGAAUGGGAUGUGACCUUACUCCUCCCAUCAGCUUCAGUUUUGAGAUGGCUUAGUGUGUUACCAGGCACGGGGAGGGAGGACUGGGGACCAUGUGGAAGAUAAGGGGGUACUGCUGCCUUUGCGGUGGUGUGAGGCUUGUUUGUGAAGGCUGAAUUGCAUUGUCAGGACUGUUCUUAGCUCUUACUAAGCCUCUUUACUAAAUCCUACCAUGUGGAAAACGUUGGGUUAUAAAUCUCGUGUGAAGCUCGGUUUAGCUGGCUUUAAUUUGGUUUUAUUGGUGCACUUCUUCAAUGAUGCUUUCCAUAGCCAUCCCGCUCACGCUUACCUUCCUGAGACAAGGUAAUUCUCCGAUAUGUACCACAAGUGCUUAGCCCGCUGCUCGGCUCCCAGAAAUAAGAGGAGCUGGGAAUGCAAUCCUGUCUCAGGAUGAGAGGCCUGACGCUGCUCCAAAGCUACAUGCGAGUUGUGUGUUUGGCAUUUGCUGACAAAUGCAGUUGUCAGAACACGUGGGUGACUGCGCUGUUGAUGCUGCUCUGAACCAUUAACCCUGGCUGGUACCCUGGCUGGGGCCAUCUCUGUACCAUACUGACGAGGAGGAUUUACGACGUUGUGCCUUUUGUCUUCAGCCAGCAAUAGUUCUGCCUGUGCAGAGGAACGGCUGUAGCCGUGCCUGGACUGCUGCCAGUGCUGUUACUGACCAGUCCUUCAAAUCUUUCUCUGUAAAGCUGUUGCUUCAUCUUCCUUCCUACUAACGUUUCCCUGGCCCCUCCAGCUUCAUCAAACUCACAGCAGCAUCCAAAAAUAUAGACUAAGGCUUACUUGGUAAGACCGUUCCCCCUUGUUCCCUCUUGCUCUGAAAGAUGUUUUUUACUGUAGAUACUGUAACAGAUUUUAAAUAUGCAAACCCAAUUGCUGUAGUAAUUGGUUCUGGUCCUGGGAUUUCAUCGUGCUUAGAAUGCAGAGAUGGUUCUUGCACGUGCGGGCCAGAAGCAGUUGAUUUGUUGAUACACAUUGUAUCUGUGGUUUUUGUUAUGUUUUUUAAAUACGUCCAUCUUGUGGUUAAACCAAGGUUGUGGAGUGGAAAAUGAUGAAGGGGAGAGUGGAACACAGCUCCUCCCGAGAGCCCUCCUGGGGAGCGGGUCGGGCUGUCGCUGUUCUUCCCUCGGCCUGUCCGAGCGUGACCUACCCAGACUGGCACCAUGUGCCACGCGAACCACAGGGACACAGACACCUGUAUGCCCGGUGAAUUACGAUACAUUACAGAUUAGUAAUGUUUCAUGUUAGUAAGCAAAAUGCUUCUUAAUUUUAAGUAACCUGAUACUUUGCAUAUUUGUAAAUUACAGGAAAAAUGGUUUUUAACGUUAUUGUCCAGCAGCUCGCAGCUUGCUGCUGGUUUUAAUUAGUACUGUUCUCGACUCAGCCAUUGUGUUACGUGGCGCGGUGGGUUUUGUUUUCCGGGUGGAAUGCUGAUAGAUGCUUCUCCUCUUGCAAUCAGAAGAUUUAACACUUUAUACUCACAAGCUGACAUUUAUUGAACUUUCUGUACCAUUAUAUCAUUUAUGUAUGAUGGAGACAGCCGUGUAAAAGCCAUGGCAAAGUAAGAACCUGUGUUAUAUAAAUAAA